CUCAUCAUGGAUUCAAACAUUCUGCUUGAGGUUCAGGAGGUCAAGACCAAAAUUAGGGAGGUCGAGGCGGACAUCAAAAUGACCGUGACCGAGAUUGAGGACGCUUCACGCGAGAUUAAGGCUCUGGAUUCUCAGAUUGCUCAGCCUGAGCCUCCUGCAGACAUUCAGGAUCUGCGCAGGAAGCAGGAGCAGCUGCGCGAAGACCGGCAGUACCUGUGCAAGAAAGAGGAGCAGCUGCGUAACAAGGAGGAGCAGCUGCGUAAGAAGGAGAAGCAGCUACGCAGGAAGGAGGAUGAGCUGCGCGAAGACAUCAAACAGCCUAUGGCGAGAGGCGGAAUCGACACCAGCGAGGAGUACAUCCGGCGUGUUCUGUUGAAGCCUUUGGGCGCGGCUGAUGUCGGCGGCGGCCUGCUGAGCGCGCCAGCAGCACCCGCAGCAGCAGGCGUGUUGUUCCUGGACCAGCCGCUGGGUGCCAAGCUGCCGGUGCAGGGUGUGGCGGCGAAAUUGGCUUCCACUGGCAACAGCAGGAUAUGGAGUUACGCGACGGUGGAGACGGGCGAUUGGCUUGCCGCCACGGCUGUGGAGCUGCGCUUCAUCAUGACUGUCGCGCUGACUGGCUGGAUGGUCAAGGAGAGGGCGGGCUCGGACAUCACGACCACCGUGAAGAUGGCCCUGCUGGUGGACCCACCGCUGAAGCUGGCUGCCGCAAGCCUGGGUCUGGAAGUGAGCAUGGACCGCAACACCAAAGAUAUGUCUGGCGCAACUGGAAAGCGGCUCCGGCCCGACUUCCUCUGCUGGGUGUCCAACGUGCUGCUGUUCAAGGGGGAGGAGAAGGCGCACGCGUCACAGAUGGCGAGCGCUGUAGAGGAGUUGAAGGCCAAGAUGGCGACCCCAUGGAAUCCAGCCCUGCUUCCGGGCGUCAGCAUGCCCUGCAUGUAUGCCUACGCGGCUGCCGGCAACUCGGUGCGGUUCUUCGCAAUUCCCAGCGGCGGCGGUGCCGCGCAGAUGACGGCCAUCAGCGAGCACCUGGACAUCGGCACACCACUCGGCCGCAUCAAGGUGGUGCACCACACCCUCAAGAUCGUGGAAAUCCUGGCGGGCUACGCGCCCCAUGCGCCAAAUAUCCCCAUGGCCAUUGGCAGAACGGUGAAGGAGCUGGGGGCCGGCGGCGAUGUCCGUAGCAGCAUGACGUUGUUCGAAGACUUUGUGCGGAAGAGCGUCGACUUGUCGCAGCAGCACGGCACUGUCAUGGGCUAUCAGGAGCUUGAGGAUAUGUACCGCGCCCUCAGCGGCGUGCGCUGCCCCAACCUGGUCCGCCUGCACCGCUGCGACGGCAGCAGCAUCCGCCUGCAGCCCGACGGCGAGACGGCGGUGCUGCACCUGGCCCCCGUGGGGCUGCCGCUGUACGGCGCGCCGGAGAGCGAAGCCGACCUGCGGGAGGCGGUCCGCGGCGUGCUGGCGGGCGUGGCGGCGCUGCACGCAGCAGGUUUCGUGCACCGAGACAUCCGCUGGCCGAAUGUGAUCUGGCUGCCGCCUCCACUGGCCGCCGCCGCCGCCACCACCGCCGCCUCGCAGCAGCAGCCGCCGGCGGCGUCAGCAUCAUCCGCCACAGCCGCCGCCAGCAGCAGCUCGCCGGCGGGCGCGGCGGGCACGUACGUACUCAUCGACCUGGAGCACGCAGCGCCCGCGGACUGUCCCGUGGACUGCCGCCAGCCGCCGUACCAGCUGCCCACGUGGCCAGCGGCGGCGCACCAGCUGCUGGACCCCGCUACGGGGCGCUACACGCGGCAGUCCGACCUGUACCUGGUGGCGGCGCUGAUGUGGCACCUGCCCUUCCCGCUCAGCGACAGCGGCUGCGACCUGCGGCAGCGGCUGGCGACGCGGCAGGUGCCGAGCGCCGAGGCGGCGCUGCAGCACGAGUGGCUGCUGCAGCAGGCAUAGAUAGAUAGCAGCUAGCACCGUGUUGAUCGUGAAGAUUGACUGCUGCGUGUGCGUGCUUGCUGAUUAAGCUAGGCACGCUCACGCGGGUUAGGCCCAUGCACAAAUAUGCUUGGUAUUACUGGGAGGUGAGGUGUGUUUGCCUGAUGUGUGCCUGUGGCAGGUUUUCACGGGGUGCUGUGUUUUAGGGCCUGCGGUUGUUAGCGAAUUGCGGUUACGUGGAAGUUAACGGUAAUGCACAGAGUUAGAGCCCCAAGAACGUACGAGACACGUGCGCACGCCCGGGUGUCAGUAAUAGCUGCCGUGGGCCUACUGUUGCAAGGAUGCGGAUUACAAGUGAAGGGACAGCCGUGGGCCUACUGUUGCAAGGAGGAUGCGGAGACUCUGGCAGUAGCCAGGGUGCGUGUAGGUGUGGCGCUGUGUUGCUGUGUUGCGGAACGGUUCUGUCGCCAACUAGCCUGCGGUGCGCCAACUAGUCCGGAGGACGAAAUCAUUCUGGCGCACUCUGGCCUGGUGCGGUUUGUAGGCGGUGUGCGGCCUGUUGAGCCAGCACUCAUGGUGACCUUUCCCAUGGCCAACAACUGCAACCAUGGUCUCAUGGUGCAUUGACAGUCCAUCUCGCGUGCCGCCACGGAGAGAUAAGGCACUUGUAAAACGCUUGGUAA